AUGACUACUCUCACAGAGUUCACCUGCUUCCCCAAGCUCCCAGCGGAGCUCAGAAUGAAGAUUUGGAAGCAUGUCCCCCAGCCAGAACGCAUCGUCGGUUGGAUCCCUUGUGGAAAGUGCAGAAAUAUCUGUAGACGCAAGUCUAAAAGCAGAGAGGAACAAGAAGGAAAACCACGUGCCAGACAGCGAUGCAUGGACAAGAAUCAUCCCAACUGGCUUGUCAAAUAUGUUGUACAUCCGCGCAAAGACGCCAUUUUCGCACCGUUACACGUCUGCCGCGAGUCUCGAGAAUUGUGGAAAACUCACUACUUCACGCCUCCUCGGCACAUGAUUGUCAAAGAGGAAGGGAUCGAUAUCCCAGUCCAGUUCAACGUGCCUUUCCUCAGCUAUGAGCAUGACAUCUUCACCAUGUUUGGGGCUUGGAGCUCUACCACCAUCUUUGACAUGGAGAUUCCAAUGGACGCAACGAUUGAGCCAUUCAUUGGCCUUGAUCGGGCGCGCAUAGAGCAUGGUGGAUAUAGCGAGAUCCUGGAUCUCUUCUUUCCCGCAUCUACCCUGUUUGAGGUCAACGAGCUUCCCGCUCUCAAGAGGCUCUCGUUGAUUACAAUGGGGCCCCAGCCCGAAGAGGAUGAAGAUCAAGAAGAUGGGGUGCUCAUGCAGAUGCACGCAUGCGUGGCAGAGCAGUAUGAUUGCCAGAUUAUAGACCUUGUCAACCCCGAGGUCGGUGAGAGCUCCACCAUUCUCAACGAAUGCCGACCACGCCGGAAGCCGAUCCAUUGGUAUACCAAGGAAAGGCGAUUUGAUGAUUAUUACAAUUACUGGAAGGCGUGGCUGUGGCAGGUCGUGGAAGCGCAGGCCCAUUUCCUCAUCAGAACAAACACUGUUUCGUGGUGGAUGAUUGUCAACUUUGCCCUCGCAGAAACUCCCGAGUGGAACGGUCCACCUUCUCCGGAAGAUUGUCCUCUGUAUCCAGAUCGGUGCAGCGGCCCCACGGGGGACAGAAAAUGUGUCAUUGGUCACUGGAGGCCGAAAUUUGAACUGUCAUGCAAGUAUCUGUGUGAGGAGCGGUGGGUCAAGGUCUUACGGGAUGAUCUCGAUGUCAAGAUUGAGGGGUGGAAACAGCCAAUCGACAGAGCGGCAAAAGAGCAGGAGGAUGGACGAAUCCGAGACUUUAUCAAUGGGAAGUAUCCAAACUUUUGGAAAUGGUGGCAAGGUGAUGUUGCAUGA